AUGCCCACGGUAUUUGAGUCGAUCACAAAAGCUGUGGUUAAAGAGAUGGACACCAGUGGAGAGAUGAUUGCUGUCAGAAGCCUCGGGGAUGCUGACAAAUUCCACUGCUUCUAUCUGGUGAAGAAGAGGAGACGUUUCUUUGGAUACCAGUAUGUCAAGACAAACCUCACCCUGAAGGACAUCCUGGAGAGUGAAGUACCAUUUGAUAUGGUGGUUCCUGAAUUCCAAGGGGACCUUCCUGAUUCUGGGAUCAAACCUGCGUCUGCUGCAUUGCUGGAGGAUUCUUUGCCACGGAGCCACCUGGGAAACCCUCAUAUCAAGGGUCAAGGUGAUAACUUCGAAAUUCUGGACGUCGUAGACUCAAAGGGAAGUUUGACAGUGAGAUUUCACCCCCAAAUGACAUUUAAAAUAGCAUUCCACAUUUUCCAGGAGAAGAAUAUCAAGUUAGAAAAGAGCGAGAUACCCCAGGAAUUCCUGGAUUCCCUUAAGAACAAGAAGCUGAAGAAGGAACUGCCUCCUUCAUUCCAGUCAAUCGAGGCGAAGAAAGAGGACCUGUAUCUAGUGACAGAGACUCUGAAGACAAAAGAGACUGACACCCUGAAAUAUGAAACGCAAUUUGACUUUCAGAGCCUGUUGAAAAUGUUUGGUUUCCAAUGUGAACACAAGCACCAAAAGAAAGUGACUCUCCCCCCUGAGACGGUCCUGGCCUAUCGGGUAAAGCAGCUUGUCUUCCCCAGCGUGGAGAGAAUGGAUAUUUGUUUCUUGGGCAAAACCAGCUCCUUUCCAGAAGAGAAAGAUGGUGGUUCAUCUUGGUUGGGGAAGUCCUUGAGUUUGGAGAAUUUCCAAAGCAUAAAAGAGAGGGUUCAGGACAUGGUGCGAGUCCUCCAGGAUCUGACUCCAGAGGAGCAAAAAGAGGUGCUAAACUGCUUCACUAAGUGCCUCAGCAGUGAUGAAGAGCUGCAGGACCUAGAGCAAAGAGUGUCUGAGAUCCAGUGCUCCGGGGAGCUACAGAUGAACAGCCCAGCGAAUUCUCUCAUAAACAGUCUUUUCAAUGCUGCUGGGGUCUUGAUAGAGGCACGCGCAGAAACCAUUUGGGAUGUCCUGGAUGCCCUGACGGAGCUGUCUGAAUACCGGCAGUUUGUUGCUGAGGCCCUAGAUAAGGGGACCCUGCUCCACAUGAAGGACACGGUGGAGCCCAUCCUGAAGAAGAACUGGGGUGAGGGGCCCCUAGAUGUGAGCUGUGAUCCUGAGGCAUGGACUCUCUAUGCCUUCUAUGUUGUUGUCUCCAUCCUGCUGCAGCUGGGUGAGAAGCCCACCUCUGUGUCUUCCUAA